ACCUCUAAUAGAUCAUCUGUUACCAAAAUUGCGAGGUUUGGAACAGUUGAAGUGGGUUUUUUAUCCCAAUAUUUCAAUGGAACCGAGUAAAUACUACUCCCACAAUGUGCUUGCGUAAAUAACUUGUUAUCUCUACGUAUCAUUUUAAUCGCUCGUUCCUGUAAAAACCGCACGCACACCAUGCAACAGUCGAGUGCAACCGAGAGCAAGCGCAGCGCGAUGCUCUCAAACGAAGAUAACCAGACGGUUUUCAGCCUUCUAGGGCAUAAUUGUCAGUCACUGUCAACAUCUGUUAUUGAACUCUAUGAGACAUCACCUCCACAUCAUAGAGUCUGGUCGAAGAAAGGAGUUGGAGUACUGUGUUUUGUAAAGGACAAUAAUAGGAAGAACUACUUCUUCAGGAUGUACUGCAUUAUCAAGAUGAAGAUGGUGUGGGAGCAGGAGGUUUACAGUAAAAUGGUUUAUGAAAUGCCAACAUCGUUUAUGCAUACAUUUGAAGGAGAUAGUUGUAUGGUAGCAUUCAAUUUUUCCAAUGAAGAUGAAGCACAACAAAUGAAAGAAAUCGUCGUUGGUCGUAUUGAGUCAAAAACCCGGCGAGAUACUCGAAGAUUACGCACGCAGGCCACGCAGAAGAAUCAUGUUGCCACAACGAACACAACGAAUACCAUCGAAAACACCAUGCAACCAACAAUGAAAAUUUCUCAAGCGCAGAAACGCCGACGAAAUAUUACCAAAGCAGACAUUGGUCAGCCAUCGGAUUUCAAACAUGUCUCGCAUAUUGGCUGGAAUAAAGAUACAGGGAUGCAAUGCAUGACAAAAGACAGUGCCCUUUACGAUUUAAUCUCGAAAGCGGGCAUUUCCGAGAAUCAGAUGCAGGACAAAGCGACACGUACUUUUAUUUAUGAUUUUAUCAAUAAGCAUGAUACGAAUCGUAUUAUUAAGGAUGAACAGGUGGUGAAGGAAAGACGCGCGCCGCCUGCGAUUCCCAGUCAGCCGAGUAGUUUACCCGUGGUGCCACCAUCGCCGAGUGCUGCCCCUGCACCACCUGGACCACCAGUGCCUCCGAGGAGUGGAUCCAAGCCAGUACCAAACAGAGCAGCGCCGCCUCCGCCUCCUUCUGUAACACACGCCACGCACGAGCACAAUAAUCAUAAUAAUGUAAACAACGUGCGUAAUAAUGUGCCACCUCCAAGACCACCAACAGGACCUAGGGUACCGACUGUUACUAAAGCUGCGGUGCCACCGCCACCACCUGCGAAUGCGCCUGCUCCUCCUCCACCGCCUCCGGCGAUGACGCCGGUAUCUCCGCCACCUCCUAUGCCACCAAUGAUGCCUGCAGCCGCAGCGGAGGGUUCACAACCUGAUGGUAGAUCUGCUUUGUUGGAGAGUAUUCGAAGUGGUGCAAAUCUUCGACCUGUGGACAAAAAUAGCGAACCGCAAGAGCGUCCUCGUUCGGAGGAUGCACGAGGCGAUUUAUUAAGCGAAAUUAGAAAGGGCUUCCAGCUAAAACCAUGCAAUGAAAGAGAAGUAAAACCGAUUAGUCCAGCAGCCGAUGCGCAGCACAAUGGCGUCAACGAUCUGGCAGCGGCAUUAUCACGUGCACUCGCCGAACGCAAUCGCGUCAUCCAUCCAGAUGACGACGAUGAUGACGAAUCCAGCGAUUCGAACGACGAAUGGGAUGAUUAAUUUGCCCAUACCGCUCAAAAGUGCGCUUCUUCUUUAAUACUAUCUGAACAAAUUACGCAUUUACUAUCUAAAUCAAUUUACAUAAUAACCAGAAGCGAAAAAACACACCUAAACAUAGAGAUAAUCGUAAACAGAGAAACGACAACAAUAAUUUAAAAAGAAAUGACUAAUUUAAUAUAAGUAAGUAUGCUAAUAAUUUCAACAGCAUUGUUGACAAACGUUGAAGCACAGUUAUACAAAGUUUAUUCAUCGUUUUCCAUUAAUAAAUACGAAACUGAAUGUUUUA